AAAAAAUGAUACUUGAGGUGUGUUUGUAACCAUUAUCUCUAAAUCUAAUAUAAUUUCUCUCCUCCCAGCUUGAACUUGGUCGGGAGAAUUUAUUUUCCAACGUUUUGUGAACUUUAUUUUCUCUUUAUGGUUUUGACUUUCUUUAGUUAGGUGAUUGGUGUAAUCUAUCUAUGGAUUUCAUUAAUUUCCUUCUGAGAUUCAGUUCAUUAAUUUCUAAACCAAACUUAACCCUUAAGCAAUUUAGUUUUAAAAAGGGGGAAAACACGAAAUGUAACGGCCAAUACACCCAUGGAGAAAGAGAAAGGUGAAGAAGAUGGGAGUCCUUGUCUGUGGAUGCUGCCGGAGGCAUGUCUUGACGAGAUCUUAGCCUUAACGAGGCCGCGGGACGUUUGCCGCCUUUCCUUAGUCUCUCCAUCUCUCCGAUCCGCCGCCAAUUCCGAUUCCGUUUGGGCAAAAUUCUUGCCGUCGGAUUAUCGGACAAUCAUUGCCGGAUCACCGACUCCAAUCCCCUAUUUCCGAUCACUUAGGGACCUCUAUGUUUAUCUCUCCCAUCAUCCCCUCUUAAUUGAUGAAGGUCGCAAGAGUUUUUCACUGGAAAAAACGAGUGGAAAGAAAUGCUACUUCUUAGGUGCAAGGGAUCUUAAUAUUGCAUGGGCUGACACACCAGGAUAUUGGGAAUGGACUUCACUACCAGAGUCCAGGUUCACCAUUUUUCAGUGGAGACGCUAUCCUUUUCUUGAGAUAUACAUAGUGACUCAGCUUAAAUUUGUUUGGUGGCUUCAAAUUUGGGGUACAAUACGGACCGGAUUACUGUCACCAUUGACGUUCUACAGAGCUUACUUUGUUUACAAAUUUAAAGAUGGAUACGGGUUUGAUUAUCGACCCUCAGAGGUUUCAGUUAGAAUUUCUGGUGCUGAAUCCAAAAAACGGUUUGCUUUUUUGCAUCCAGAUGGUGAACAGGAGGAUUGGACUCUGCCCUCUGAUGCGGAGUAUGAGGGGCCCGGGGGAACUCCGCCUCUGAUACAGGGUACGAGAGACCCGAGAAAUUCAACGGGGAUCCUAGCUAGUAUCAUGCAGGAUGAUAAACAGCUGCCUAAACUUAGAGAUGACGGAUGGUUUGAGUUAGAAUUGGGUGAGUUUUUUACUGAAAAUGAAGAUGAUUGCAUAGAAAUGAAAAUGCAAGAGCCGCAACGUGGAUUUCCAAAGCGAGGUCUUAUUGUUGAAGGAAUUGAGAUAAGGCCAAUAGUUUAUUAAUUAUUUUAAAGUUUAUUUUGGUUAACAAU